UAUAAAAAAACAAAAACUUUUUGUCUUUUUAUGUUUUUAUUCUUGUUCGUAAAUGUAAACCAUUAAUUAAUAAUUAAUUUAUUAUUAAUAUUAAUCAAUAAAAUCAAUCAAAUGGAAGUGAAACAAGAAAUUAUCGAGGAAUCGUGUAAAAUAGAAAUAGAUACUGACCUAGAUGAUGCCUUUUUGGAUGGCUUUAAAUGUGAAAUUAAGGAGGAGUCCGAUAGGCAAAGUACCCAGGACACAUCUGAUUAUUUAGACUUAAAAAAAUUUCUCAUAAAAACUGAAAUAAACCAAUAUGGAAAUGAACUUAAUCCAUUUGAAGAAAACGGAAAAACUGAAAAAGAUUGUCUGCAAGAGAACAAGAUGGAAAUUACAGAGACACUAAUUGAACAUUCAUCUUACGAAGAAAAUUAUAUGAAUCCACAUGCUGAAGGAAAAACACUAAAUAAAAAUAGGAAAGUUCUGACUGGCGAAAAAGCUAAUAAGUGUGAAAUUUGUUUUGAGCGAUUUAAUCAGCCAGGUACUUUCAAAGCCCAUUUGACAACACACACUGAAGAAAAACCUCACAAGUGUAAAUUUUGUUUUAAGCAGUUUAUUACAGCAAAUGAGAUGAAAGUACAUUUGAGAGUGCACAAUGGAGAAAAAACUCACAAAUGUGAAAUUUGUUUUAAGCAAUUUAAUCAAGCAUGUAAGUUGAAAACACAUUUGAGAGUACACACUGGAGAAAAAUCUUACAAGUGUGAAAUUUGUUUUAAGCAAUUUAGUGAAGAAUGUAAUUUGAAAAGACAUUUGAGGGUGCACAAUGGAGAAACACCUCACAAGUGUGAAAUUUGUUUUAAGCAAUUUAGAGACGCAAGUAAUUUUAAAGUACAUUUGAGAUUGCAUACAGGAGAAAGACCUCACAAGUGUAAAAUUUGUUUUAAGCAGUUUAUUACAUCAAGUAAGUUGAAACGACAUUUGAUAGUGCACAGUGGAGAAAAACCUCACAAGUGUGAAAUUUGUUUGAAACAGUUUUCUCAACUAGGUCAUAUGAAACAACAUUUGAGAGUGCACACUGGAGAAAAACUUCACAAGUGUGAAAUUUGUUUUAAGCAAUUUAGUGAAACACAUCUUUUCAAAUCUCAUUUAAGAACACACACUGGAGAAAAGCCUCACGAGUGUGAAAUUUGUUUUAAGCAAUUUAGUCAAGCGAGUAAUUUAAAAGUUCAUUUACGAGUGCAUACUGGAGAAAAACCUCACAAGUGUGAAAUUUGUUUUAAGCAGUUUUCUCAACUAGGUCAUAUGAAACAACAUAUGAGGUUGCACACUGGAGAAAAACUUCACAAGUGUGAAAUUUGUUUUAAGCAAUUUAGUGAAACACAUCUUUUCAAAGCUCAUUUAAGAACACACACUGGAGAAAAGCCUCACGAGUGUGAAAUUUGUUUUAAGCAAUUUAGUCAAGCGAGUAAUUUAAAAGUUCAUUUACGAGUGCAUACUGGAGAAAAACCUCACAAGUGUGAAAUUUGUUUUAAGCAAUUUAGACGCUUAAGUGAUAUUAAAGUACAUUUAAGAGUGCAUACCGGAGAAAAACCUCACAAGUGUCAAAUUUGUUUUAAGCAGUUUUCUGUAACAAGUAAUUUGAAAAAACAUUUGAUAGUGCACACUGGAGAAAAAUCUCUCAAGUGUGAAAUUUGUUUUAAACAAUUUAGACGCUUAAGUGAUAUUAAAGUACAUUUACGAGUGCAUACUGGAGAAAAACCUCACAAGUGUGAAAUUUGUUUUAAGCAGUUUUCUCAACUAGGUCAUAUGAAACAACACAUGAGGUUGCACACUGGAGAAAAACUUCACAAGUGUGAAAUUUGUUUUAAGCAAUUUAGUGAAACACAUCUUUUCAAAGCUCAUUUAAGAACACACACUGGAGAAAAGCCUCACGAGUGUGAAAUUUGUUUUAAGCAAUUUAGUCAAGCGAGUAAUUUAAAAGUUCAUUUACGAGAGCAUACUGGAGAAAAACCUCACAAGUGUGAAAUUUGUUUUAAGCAAUUUAGACGCUCAAGUGAUAUUAAAGUACAUUUAAGAGUGCAUACCGGAGAAAAACCUCACAAGUGUCAAAUUUGUUUUAAGCAGUUUUCUGUAACAAGUAAUUUGAAAAAACAUUUGAUAGUGCACACUGGAGAAAAUCCUCUCAAGUGUGAAAUUUGUUUUAAGCAAUUUAGUGUAGCACGUUCUUUAAAAAGGCAUUUUUUAAAAGUGCACACUGAAUAAAAACCUCACAAUUGUGUAA